AUGGCUGCUCAGUCAACGCGACAAUGGGGCGUUACGCCUCCGAUCUCCGUGGCCCUGCCGACCCCCGAAGAACUCGCUGCCAACGACGACUUGAUCGCUGAAUUGAAGGCACAAAACAACUUUGAACUACCUUCGGAGACGGAAAGGAGACAGCAGACUCUUCAACUCAUCCAAAAAGUCGUCAUAGAAUUUGUUAAGAAAGUUGGUCAGCGAAAGGGUCUGUCGCCAGCAGCGCUUGAAGCGGCAGGUGGAAAGAUCUUUACGUACGGUAGUUAUCGUCUUGGUGUCUAUGGUCCAGGAUCUGAUAUCGAUACCUUGAUCGUCGCGCCAAAGCACGUCAUGAUUGAUGACUUUUUCUCCGACUUCCCCCCAAUCCUCGAACGAAUGUCCCCACCCGGUGCGAUCGAGAAGAUGACCCCAGUCCCCGACGCGUUCGUGCCUAUCAUCAAGUUGGAAUUUUCUGGUAUCAGUAUCGAUCUUAUAUUUGCACGCUUGAUACUACCAUCUGUCCCGCUCAAUCUCGAUCUCAAGAAUAAUGACUAUCUACGGGGCUUGGAUGAUAAGGAAGUGCGGUCGCUCAAUGGAACUCGUGUGACCGAUCAGAUUUUGGAGCUCGUCCCGCAGCAGAAGACGUUUCGAAUUGCUCUGAGGGCUAUUAAACUUUGGGCACAGCGUCGCGCUAUCUACUCGAACAUCGUUGGAUUCCCAGGAGGUGUCGCAUGGGCAAUGCUGGUUGCACGGGUAUGUCAGUUGUAUCCUCAAGCUACGGGAUCCGUCAUAGUCGGCAAAUUCUUUCGAAUCAUGACCAAAUGGGCAUGGCCACAACCAGUCUUGUUGAAGCCAAUUGAGGACGGCCCUUUGCAAAUCAAAGUGUGGAAUCCAAAGAUCUACCACGGCGAUCGAUUCCACUUGAUGCCCAUCAUCACGCCUGCUUAUCCAUCCAUGUGCGCUACACACAAUAUUUCAUUAUCCACCAAAGCAGUCAUUCUGCGCGAACUGCAGCGUGGAGGAGACAUUGUCGACAAGAUUUUCGCCAAACAUCUCACCUGGAACGACCUCUUCACUCGACAUACAUUCUUUUCCAAGGACUACAAGUACUACCUCCAAAUAACUGCCUCUAGCAAAACCAAGGAAGCAGAAUCAGUAUGGUCAGGUCUGGUAGAAUCUAAACUUAGACAUCUGGUUGGUGCAUUGGAUCGGAAGAAUAUUAUUGCUGUUGCGCAUCCCUUCCCUAAAGGCUUUGAAAGAAUACAUGUGGUGAAAGAUGACGCAGAAGCAGAACAGGUCAAGAACGGAUCAACCAAGUACCAAGCGCAAGGGACGAAGACCGAAACAACGGACGAGAUCAAGGAUCCAGCUCACACGGCCGCUGCUGAAAAUGGUGCUCAGGACGUUCAAGUUCCCGAUCCUGAUACUAACGGCACAGUCGACAACCGCACAAUUUACACCACGACAUACUACAUCGGUCUAGAGCUCAAGCCGCUAGAGCCGGGUGCUUCACGAUCGCUCGACAUUUCGGUUGAUGCCAACAUAUUCAAGUCGACAUGCACCUCGUGGCAGGGAUUCCAGGAGGGAAUCAACGAUCUCAGUGUCACACAUGUUAGGAGCUUUGAUCUACCUGAUGAUGUCUUCGAACCUGGGGAAGCGCGACCUAUUCGACCAAAGAAGAAAGUUGCCAAGCCGACGACUGCAGCGGCUCCUCCAAAACGAAGCAUUGACGCCGUGGACGGCACCAUUCACCCCGAAGCGAAGCGUCAAGUGUCGGCGAACGGAUUCAACCACACAGCCACACCGGCCUGA